CCACCACCUGCUAAACCACCACCUGCUAAACCACCACCUGCUAAACCACCACCUGCUAAACCACCACCUGCUAAAUUACAAUCUGCUAAACCACCUACUGCCACUGACUACUCUGGAACCUUAUGUGCUGUGGUAGGUCGUGGGCAUGUCAUCCCUGUCAAACUGACCUUGGCCCCUUUCUCCUCCUUACUCUCCAGCGAAGAGACCAACACCAACCUCCCCUCCAGCAGCCGCCCCUCCUCGUGCUCUAUCAAGCUUUUAGACAGAAGGAGUGGCAUUCCUUGCUCCCUGGCUGUGAGCUCUAUUUCAACUGUUCCUGGACCUGACUCUAGCAGGAGCCCUAUGCGGGAGAAUCAAUAUGCUACUGAGGUCUCGUCGAUCUGCCUCAGCCAAGAUAGAAAUGGCCAAGGAGGGAGUGUGACACCUCCAGCCCCUUUGGAUGUUUCCCUCCCCUCCGUUAUUGAGCGGGCUGGCGGACUUGUAUGUUCCGUCAUCUCCCAGUCUUUAGCAAUUGUGGAGGCGCGGUCAAGUGUGAAUGGUGAGGAGGGCUCUCCAUUUUAUGUUUGAAAAAUAUCCCAGAUAUUCAAGUUGUGUCUCUUUGAUAUUAAACAAAUCUCUUGUCUGCUUUCUGCUUUAGGAGGCAAAUGGCAGUUGAUUCCGAUUAGGUUCAGCCCCCUGUACUGUGGGCCUGUUGUGAUCAGGAACAAUGCCGGUCCGGUGGUUAAAGCUUGGAGAACUUUCCAGUUCAUCAGCCCCAUCAUCACCUACAUGCGUGGGGGAUCCCAGCAGGUGGUGGUGAGGAUGCACCACGUGAGUAGGGUGAGAGGCCUGGAGACUCAACUGGUGUGGGCCAUCUCCAAGGAGACAGCUUAGUCCAGAGGGCAUCCCCUACUGUGCCACCAAAGUGCAGUCCAUCACUUGGAUCCAGCGUGUGGCUGGCAGGGUGACCCACUAUGCGUCUCACCUCCGCCACGAGACGUCUGUGGACGUGACGCUUGGCUGCUACCAGCAGACUGAUGUCUCAGUGGUGUACGCCACUCUCCACAUGGGGCUGGACGGGCUUCUCUCCUCUUCAGCGUGGUCGGAGGCUGCCUCCUUCUCUACGCCCACCACUCAGCAGUUCACUGACCCAGAGCCUGAGGGCCACAACUGCUAUGAGGGCUGGGAGGAGGACCUGCUGCCUGAGGAGAGGGAGGUUCCUCUGCUAAACCUCUACCUUAUCACCAAGAGAGUGGAGGACAUCGCCCUGAGGCUCAUCUCCCUGCGCCAGGCCUUCACUACCCUGCUUGGUUCCACCCUGAGCAGGAACCGUCUGUUUGUGGCGGGAAAGGUUCUCCUGGGCGCACUGGUUCAGGCCAACCACAUGGACGAGGCCAAGUUCAUCCGUACCUAUAAGGACUUUGUGGACUACCUGAGUGACCCCUCCAAGCGGAAUGACAUUGAGAGGGAGCUGGCUGAGGCAAAGAUCCAUCAUGUGAACAUGAUAGAUGUCCUCUUUGAGCUGGUGCUGUUUGGGUUAAUGACAGCUCAGAAGUCCCUGAUGGUGCACCCUGGUGGGUUCGUGGAGCGUCUGUACGCUCUCCUGUACUCCUUCCUGCCCACUGCUGCCAACAUGGAGCCAGAGGCUGACAGAUACCUGCUGCUGCUCAAUGAUUCUUGUGACACUUUGCCACCCAACAGGGAUCUAGACACCAAUGCACUACAUUACUUUGCACUGAAUUUGACAUUUUUAAAUAAAACAAGUUGUAGUUCAAAAACAUUUUGGUUUCCGUCUUUUCAUUUAUUUGAUUUUAUGACCAUUUCCUCUUCCUAG